GUUUUCCGAUUGAUGAGAAUUAGCGAGAGACUCCAACGUUAUCCUAUCGAGCCUGCACUUCAGUGUUGAUUUCAGUUGGGCUUCCUCUCGUCAGUUUUAAGAACAAUCAGUUGAAUUUUUGCGUCGAUUUUGGCAUCAAAUCACCUCUCUUAAUUCAAUGCUUCUCAAAGCAUCACCGCCGGCGUUACCCGUUAACUUCAAAUUCAGCUUCAACACCAUUUCAAACUCGACGUUUCCUUCUUUUAACAAUUGCAGCGUUUCCGGCGAAAUUGGGGUCGGCGGCCCGAAAUCCGGAAGAAGAGGGGUUGUAGCGGUCGGAGCAGGCUAUACAAAGCGGCCACUGGAAACCCCAGGAGCUUAUGAGCUUGUUGACGAGGAGAGUGGGGAUAAGUUUAUCGUUUGGGGAGGAACUGAUGACGACGACCACCAAGCCCCUAUCCCUUCCAAGGAAGUUCUUCACUGGGAACCUUCCAAGAAGAAUAACAAAGAUAAGAUCAAUAAUCUGGAAGCAAAUUCCACCGAAGAUGCGCCACUAAUGAACAAUUCCGGUGAUGGAAUUACAAGACCUAAAGCAAAUAGCAAGGGGGUAUCUCGAAGUUUUGAAAGAUUGAGAGCCCACAAAGUAAGGGAUCUUAGCAGGGUAUCUUCUUUGGAAAAGGAUCAAACUGAUGAUGCACAAGAGGAAACACAUUCAGCUAAACAAAAUAGAUUAAAUACCAUGAAAAAUGUGCCUAAUAUUCUGUAUGAAGAUGAUAAUGUGUCAAAAUUGGGUGGGGAGAUUGAAGGGGUAUCAAUGAAUGUUUCAAAUAAACUAAGGAAAUCAAACACAGCUGGUGAUUUCUUUAGCAGAAAAUCAUUUAAGAAUCUUGGAUGCACUGAUUACAUGCUUCAGUUUUUAAACACUCAGCUUCUUGCAUACCCUUCACAUAUUCAGGCUAUGUCAUUCCCACAUGUUAUUAAAGGAGAAAGUUGCAUCAUAGCUGAUCAAAGUGGGUCCGGGAAAACUUUGGCUUAUCUUUUACCAUUGAUUCAAAGCAUUAGACAAGAUGAGCUUCAAGGACUUGCUAAAUCCUUACCUCAAAGUCCUCGCAUUGUUAUAUUGGUUCCAACUGCUGAGCUGGCAUCUCAGGUAUUACGGAAUUGCAGAUUGAUGUCAAAAUCUGGUGUUCCAUUCCGAUCUAUGAUUGCAACAGGUGGCUUUAAACAGAAAACUCAACUCGAAAAUCUUCGAAAUGAGUUGGACGUUCUAAUCGCGACACCUGGCAGAUUCUUGUACUUAGUUCAAGAAGGCUUCUUGCAGUUAACAAGUGUUAAAUGUGCUGUGUUGGAUGAGGUGGACAUACUGUUCAAGGAUGAGGAUUUUCAGCCUGCAUUACAAAGUUUAAUGAAUAUAUCACCUGUUACAACUCAAUAUCUUUUUGUCACUGCAACUUUACCAGUAAAUGUAUACAAUAAACUCAUUGAAAAUUUUCCUGAUUGCCAAGUCAUCAUGGGACCCGGCAUGCACCGUACAAGCUCCGGUCUUGAAGAGAUACUUGUUGAUUGUAGUGGAGAAGAGGGAGUAGAAAAGAAUCCUGAUACAGCAUUUCUCAACAAGAAGUCUGCUCUUUUACAAUUGGUGGAGGAAGGUCCGGUUACCAAAACGAUAAUCUUCUGCAACAAAAUCGAGACAUGUAGAAAAGUUGAAAACGCAUUAAGCAGAUCGAAUAGAAAAGUGUUGCCUUUUCAUGCUGCUUUAGCGCAAGAUUUGCGAGUUGCAAAUUUGGACGAGUUUUGCCAAUCUCGGAUAAAAGAUACAUCGUUAUUUCUAGUUUGCACUGACAGAGCGUCGCGAGGGAUUGAUAUACCGGGAGUUGACCAAGUGGUGUUGUUUGACUUUCCUCGUGACCCGAGUGAAUAUGUGCGGCGUGUUGGGAGAACUGCGAGGGGUGCGGGAGGGAAAGGGAGAGCGUUUGUGUUUGUGGUGGGGAAACAAGUUUCUCUUGCACGGAGAAUUAUUGAAAGGAAUAGAAAAGGUCACCCGUUGCAUGAUGUUCCUUCUGAUAUAUGAUUAUGAUUGAUCAAAAGGGGUUUUGUUCGAUUUAAUCUUGUAUUAUAGGAUUUCCCAGUUUUGUUUGGUUUGUAGAAUGUUUUUGGAUAGAAUGGAAUCUGUUGAAUGAAUCAAACGGAUUUGAAUAUGGUUGGUAGGAAUCGAGAUGGAAUUCAAUGGUAAGGAUUGAAAAUUUUCGAA